AUGUUAAAGAAUUAUUCAAUACGUCUCGUUUUGUGGCUUUUAAUUCAAUUAUUAGUUGAAGUAAAAUGCCAAACAACUCCUUUUAGAUCAACACAACGAAGCAGUCAUACUGCUACACUUAUUGAUAGUAAUUUAUAUAUCUUAGGUGGUCGAAAUGAUGAGACUGGCAGGAUUGGAAAUGAAUUUUUUUAUCUUGACGUCUCUGUUCCAUUUAAUACUCAAAAUAUAUUAUGGCAUAAUUUAACAAGCAUUAAUAUAGUUCCAGCACAUAUUUCUGCAGCUUCCGUUAACGGUGGCGCAAAUAAUAAAACCUUGUUUUUAUAUGGAGGAUCAAGUGAUAAAGUAAUGUCUUUAGUAUAUACAUUUGACACUCAAAGUAAUUCAUGGAAUAUUCCAAAAAUAACAGGCGAUAAUAUUGUUAGGAAAAAUAACCUAAAAGGCAUUAUUAAUAAUUAUGGGAAAAUGUAUUUAUUUGGUGGACUAUUUAAUGGCACCACUACUCAAAAUGAUAUGUUUAUUUUAGAUACAAAAAAUUUGAAAUGGGAGUUAGGAAGUACAAUUAAUGCACCUUCUCCAAGAGCUGUUUAUGGUGCAACUUACGUCUCAGAGCAGCACAUACUUUAUCUAGGUGGCUUUUCUACCGCAUCUAGUAUUGAUGGUGCAUCUUUAUCAUUAAAAGAGAUUUAUUACUAUGACAUGCUUAAAGAUUUGUGGCUGACAAGAGUGACUUCGGGUACAAUUCCUACUGAUAGAGAUUCCUUUUCUGCAGUACUUGGUUUGAAUGGGCAGAAAGUAAUAAUCUUUGGAGGAAUAAAUAAUAUUAAUAAAUUCACACCUCAGGAUACUCUUUAUGUAUUAGACUUAAAUAAUUUUGAAUGGUAUAUCCCAAAAAUUUCUGGAAGUAUUCCAAGUUCUAGAUAUUGGCAUCAAGCAAAUGUAAUUGGAAAAUAUAUGGUUAUAUCAUUUGGAUUUGGUUAUGAUAGAAAUAUUGACAAUGAUAUCUUAUUGCUUGAUAUAAGUAAUGAUGAAGAAUAUAUGUGGACAAACAUUUUCGACCCAAAUGAGGUAAAGCCUACUCCUCCAACGGAAUCUCCAAAAGUUUCACCAACUACUACUCCAAUACCAGUUAUUAUUGGUGUAUCUAUAGGAACAUGUGUGGUUAUUAUUUCUCUAUUAAUUGGAGGCUUUUACUUGUAUAAAUGGCAUAAAAAUAAAACGGAAAAUUCAAGAGCAAUACCAACUCCUGGAAGUGAAGGUAAUAACAAUUUUAAUCACGAAGCUUUUAAAAUUACUACCAGAAAUAGCGUUUAUAAUCAUGGAUAA